UUAUACUGUCAUUAUUAAUACUGUACUAUUAUAUUUUCUUCAGUAUAAUUCGAUUCUGCUUUUAAUCAAGUAUUUAAAUGGCAUCAAAUGUUGCAGCUGAAACCUCAAAUCAAUCUAGUGCUCUCCUUGAGCCAGAUUCGAAAGAGACUCACAGUGCCAUGAGCGGAUUACUAGACACUGAUGAUUUGAUCAGUGGUGUAAGUGACCUCACAGAACGAGAUAUUUCUAGAGCUGAUAAUCAGACCAAUAAACAUGGACAUGUUUCACGACACGAGUUUGAAAGAAAACAAAUGGUUCAUGAUCUUCAAUUACUUCGAAUUGAAUUGUCUCAGAAAAAUUUAGUCAUCGAUAACAUGAAAGCAGAUCAUAUGAGCAAGGUAGAAGAACUUGAAGAAAGACUGAAUGACACACUGCAUAAAAGACAGAUUCUGCAAGCAAGACUGGAAAGUGCAUUAGCAAUUCAGCAAGAUGAAGCUCGAAAUAGGCAACAACAAACUCAGAAGGAACUGAAAAUUAUAUUGGAAAGGCAACAAGAGCUUGAAAAUGUAAAUAAAAGACUUCAAGCAAAAGCGUCCGACAUUCAGUAUCAGCUCCAGAGAGAUGUUCAGAUAUCGGAGGAAGAAUAUAUUGAGUUAAAAUCGAUGCCUCCCAAUAAGUUGUCUCUCAAAGAAUUCUUUUCCAUGAGAAUUUAUGAAGUGAUGUCACCAAUUCGAAUUGAAUGCAUCAAUUUACGUGAACAACGGGAUAAAUUGUCAGUUGAAAUUGCACAACUAAAUCACAAGUUGAAUAGCACAGAGCAAAAUUUUAUGCAGGAAUGUAGAGCUCGUAAUCAUGCAGAAACUCAACUCAAUGUUGUAUCAGCAGAAUCAAAGCAAUCGCGAGAUCUCCUUCAUACAUAUAACUCAAAAGCUCAGAGAUUUGAUUCUGUCAAGCAAGAAAGAGACCAGUUGGAAAAAGAUUUAUUAAAUGUACAAAAACAACAUUCCUUUCAACAAGCAGAAUUAAUAUCUUCAAGGAAAGAGAUAGAUGAAUAUAGGAAAGAGAUUGACACCAAACAACAAACAGAAAAGUUACUUGAGCAGGAUAAAGAAUAUUUGCAAAAGCAGCUCAAUGAUAUAACAGCUAAAUUGGACACCAGUUCUGAAUUGUUAAAGAGAACAGAAGAUCAGUUAGAAAAUGCGAAGAAAGCUCGAGAAGAAUUGUAUGAGAAAUAUGUUUCAUCCAGAGAUGAAAAUAGACUUGAAUACGAGAGAAGACUGCAAACAGAAUUGGAUAGAAUACGGAUGCAGACUGAUACUGAAAUUGGUAAACUUCAGACUGAUACAAAAGAAUCAUAUGAAAGAGAGAAUCGUGGUUUACGCGAGGCAAGAGAUUUGGCUAAUCAAGAACGCGAUCAGGCCGUAAAGUUUAGGGACGAAGCCGAGAAACGAAGUGAGAAGUAUCUAUCUGAACUCCGAGCUUUAGAAGCCAGUGUGGAUUCUCGAAUCAGUGAUUUUCAAAAUGAAGCUCGAACAAAAUCAUUUGAACUUGAUAGGCUACAAUUAAUGUACGAAGAAACAAGCAAAAAUCUUCUCAAGUCAAAUGAAGAUUGCGAAAGAUUGAAUAAAAAACUGGAGAUUGUCACAUUGGAUUAUACUGAGUUAGAAAAAAGAUCAUCAGUCACAGAAACCGAACUCAAAUCGGCAAUAAGGGAAGCAGAAGCUAGAUUGACAUCAUAUGAAAAAAUGGAAAAGGAACUAGAUGAUGUUGUGAUGCAAGCAGCAGAGGUUGAAGAAGAUGAUGAAACAGCAGAGAGAGUUCUUUUCUCAUAUGGAUAUGGUGCUAAUGUUCCCACCAAUGCAAAAAUGAGAAUGAAACAGAGUGUGCAUUUGGCUCGCAGAAUUCUGCAACUGGAGAAGUUGAAUACAAGCCUGCAUGCUGAGAUACAAAUUAAAGAAAGAGAAAUGAAGAAGAUUAGCCAACAGCUGGAAAAUGCGGAGAACCUGAUUGAUCAAUGCAAACAACCGUACAGUUAUCUAAUAGAGGGAAUGCAACAACGUGACUUGGAAAUUUCAUCGCUGAAAAAAACUUUGUCCAAACUUGAGAAUGAUUUUGAUGAAAAGGAUAAAGAAAAUAAACAUCUACUUGAUGUUCGGAAGAAGUUGUCAUUGGAUUUGGAUAAAUUACUCAGUCACAGACAAGAGAUGGCUGUAAUGCGACAAGUUGUGAAAGGUUUAACACAACAGAAGUUUUCCUCUGAAGAUGGGAAUGUUCUGGCUGCACUCGAUUCCAACAAAAAUACUAAUUUGAGAUUGACUUCUCAUGAUGAUAGCAGAAGCGAUAAACAACUAUCAGUUUCAGCACUACGACCUGCACCAGUUGUUUUCACCAAAGAACGAAAUCUUAGAUUUGAUCCGCAACAAUACAAGAAGUUCAACUCGUCUUAACAAGUCUAUGUAUAACCAAAAGAUUUGUAAGUGUUGAAGACCAUAUCUAUGGCCCAGACUUGACAGAAUAUCAAUAUUGUCUUGGCUGGAAUUUAUUUUUCUAACAGAAUUAUUUAUUGGAUAUUUUAUUAUACUUCAAGUUCUUAUAAAAUAAAAUCAAUAUUAUUGUUGUGAUGAUAAUUGUUAAAACCAGGGUUGA